GCGGGUGGCCUGUUUAAUAUCUCGGAUUUUAAUAGAUUCUUUUGUCUUUUAACGGUUGAGGUUUCCGUCGGACCUCCGGAAGUAAACUGGUGGCGAUGCGACAACACCGGGUUCGUUGAUCAUACGCGCUGCAUGCAUUUAUUUUCAUUUUCGUCUCUCAUAGUGUACAGUAGUAAGGGCCUGAUACUCAGACGUGAGCGUUUGGGCUACCUUUGGUUCAUCUAAAAUAUCCCACAGUGCACCUGGGUCUUGCACAGAGCCCGGUGGCCCCGGCAAUGUGCGCGAAUCCUUCCAAAACAUGAGUGUCAGUGUCGCUGAAAACACACCAUCAAGCUCGAGUGGGGACCCUAGUUCCCAUAGCUCUCAAAGCCAAUCAGUUCCAUCUAGUAUGGACAGUGGCGGUAGUACGGCAGCGACCGUCCCCACGCAGGACAUGGUGGACGGAGUCAUGUCGUCAGACGAGGAAGAGGAUGUUUCUCCAUGUGGGUGGGGAAGACUCUUUCCUCUCGGCCCGGGAUUCCAGUUAGUAGAACUUAUUGAGGAUGAGUACAUGUUUGGAAGAGGGUCAAUGAACAAUUGCAGAUUUGAUGCAACUCAGUUUAAGCUGAAUGCACACUAUCAAGCAUUUAGCACAAAGCAUUUAAAAAUAGUCAGGAAACAAAAUAACAAUAAUGGAUUUGAUGUAUUCAUAACAGAUUUGAGCUCUAAUGGCACAUACGUGAAUGGGGAAAAAAUUGGUAAAAAUAAAACCCAUGUUCUAAAUCACAAUGAUGAGAUAAGCCUUUCUGUCACCAAAAAUAAAGCAUAUAUUUUCCAAGAGCUGGGAAAAUCUCAAGAGGAGGUAGCAAACAUACCAGAGGAUUUUAGAAAGAAGUACACUUUAUCAAAACUUCUUGGAAGGGGAGCAUUUGGGGAAGUGCGGCUUGCCUUCACAAAGGGAACCUGUCACAAAUUUGCUGUUAAGUUGAUCAGCAAAAGGCAGUUCUCUGUCAGUCCAGUGAGUCAUGCGUCCAUCAAAGAUGAAGUCAAUAUUCUCAAAGCGUUAAACCACCCCUGUAUUAUAGAGAUAGCAGAUGUCUUUGAGUCGCCAGAUAUGUUGUACAUUGUGCUAGAGCUUGUGGAAGGUGGAGAACUGUUCGACAGGGUAGUUAGUGUUAAACGAUUUGAGGAGUCUGUUGCCAAAUUACUGUUUUACCAAAUGGUGGUCGCAGUGGAGUAUCUACAUAGUAAGGGAAUCACACACAGAGAUCUCAAGCCAGAAAAUAUCCUACUAUGCUCUGAUAAGAAUGAGACUCUUCUAAAGAUAACAGAUUUCGGUGUGUCUAAAAUGGUUGGAGAACAAAGCCUGAUGAAAACCCUAUGUGGAACACCCAGCUACCUUGCUCCUGAGGUCUUACGGUCAGCGGGGUUAGGAGGCUACUCAAAAGCCGUGGAUUGUUGGAGUUUAGGGUGUAUGCUAUACAUUUGUCUUGGAGGCUAUGCUCCAUUUUCAGACGAAGUAGAACCGUACGAUGUCAAUAAACUUAUUUUAGCAGGAAAGUACACAUUCCCCAAGCAACAUUGGAAAUGUGUUUCUGAUGAAGCUAUUGAUCUCAUCAAAAAACUGUUGACUGUAGAUCCUAGCAAAAGACUCACAAUACAACAAGUGCUGGAGCACCCAUGGAUCAAGGAUGAGGAGGUGAUUGAGAAAGCAAACAGACUCAUGUAUUCUGGAAAACAAAUGCCUCCCCCAACUGUUACCAAUGUGAAAAAGAGAUCUUCUAAUGAAAAGGAAGAUGAGCCUGCCUCUAAGCGAGAGAAGACAGACAAGUGUGAACCUGAUGAGAACUGUGCCGCAAAUGCAACAAGCUCCUGAUGGUUUUUAAUGCACUAACAUCCUUGUACUUUUUUAAUCGCAAGUGUUUAUAAAGCAGUAAAAUGUUUAAUCUCUAGACUCCAGAGACUUUGACAAGAGAAAUCAAUAAACAAAAGUUUCUAGAGAUAACUAGAUGAUUUCUUUGCAGCUACCAAAGUACCAAUUAUCACCCUGUAUAAAUCAUAUGUGUGUCGCUGUGAAUAAAAAAAGCUGUCAAGCGUU